CGACAGACUGGGAAAAGACAUUUCGAACACUACAUCCAAUCCUAAGAAUGUUUUUAUAAGUUUUUGUAUUCUUUCUCAAUCUCCUGAAAGUUUGCAAUGAACGAUGAGUGGCAGCCCCUCUGAGCCAGCACGACACCUGAAGCGCACCAAGCAAAACGAGGCUGAAGAUUCCAAGGUCUUAAAGAUUGCCCGGCUGGCACCAGAUUAUGAGCGUCUUGUCGACUCCAGCGCAAGUAUUGAGAUCCAGGAGGCUCGGGUCCCAAAGCGGGCUACUUCGCCUGAGAAUACUUCAGACCUUCUAUUUUUGACCGAAGGUGAAUCCUCGUACGCAUCUGAACAAACGGCACGUGAUAUUACAAAAUCACGGGAUUCGCUCCAGUCUCUGGAUGAGGUUAAGACCGGUACUUCUUUGUUGAAGGCGGCUAGCAUCAACACAGGACCGAGUGUUACUGAAAAUGCUGAACUCUCACCUGAGAUAUGCUUAGGCAUGAUAUUCGGGGCCAAGGCUGCGUAUGUUGACGGAGCCUCACUUGAUGAGACCUGUUUCAAAAAUGUGCUCAUUGGAGACCCCCAAUAUAUCAGACUAAAGCUGCUAUUGAAGAAUAACUGUCACUUCUUGUGCUUUGAUUUUUCCGACGUCGGUAUUGCAGUGCUCGACACUCGGACUUCAGCCGUCCUUCAAAGGAUUGAGACUAUCUGUCCAACGCAGCUUUACGUAUUUAAAGAUGAGUCUCCAGCACCCAGUAUUGACCAACAAGGAGAUCAGAGUUUUUCUCGACAGCACAUACUCCAUCUUGUCAUUGAUAUAUACAGUCCUAGGAGGUUCGCAGAAGCCAUCGGGAAGGAACUUUCAAAGGUUUAUUUCUAUCUCCAGCACCCAUAUCGACCCGACAAGUCUAGACUAUAUGAGAAUCCUCACGAGUUUAAGUCCAAGAGGCAGGCACCUGGAUACAUACCUGGAAAGCCGGAACUCUUGUCACAGCAAUCAUUACCAUAUAUUCAGACACCCACGGCGGACCUCCCAAAGGAAGAACGACAAGCUUCGCUCGUCGAGCAACUUCUACAAACACAGGUGCAAAACCAAACAAUUCAGCAAAGUGACCCUGAUUCCCGCAUAACGACGAAUUUACUCCUCCAUCAGAAACAAGCGCUGUAUUUCAUUCUGCAGCGAGAAAGAGGUAUCAUUAAUAGCGGCUUAUCUCUGUGGAAAACCGAGGGUACGGAACACCGGCCGUACUAUCGACACUCUAUCCACGACUUUAGAACGGUGAAACUCCCAGAGGACAAUCGUGGAGGACUUCUUGCGGACGAGAUGGGGUUGGGCAAGACAUUAUCUCUGAUCUCAGCAAUUGUAACGUCACUUGACGAUGCAAAAACUUAUUCAUGUCUACACCAGCAAAAGAAUAGAGUAAACGCUGCUCGAAAAAGUCGUGCCACCUUGGUCAUUGCGCCGUCUACAGUCCUGCUCGACGGAUGGUUGACAGAAAUAAAAAGCCAUGUUUUUGAAGGAACGCUAAAUGUGUACCUGUAUCACGGCCAAGGAAGGCAGUCAGACGUGGAACAUCUCCUUGACUAUGACAUUGUUCUGACGACAUAUGCGACAAUUUCAGCCGAGCACAGCAAAGCAUCGCCACCUCUUCAGCAACUGGAAUGGUUUCGUAUAGUUUUAGAUGAGGCUCACUUUAUUCGAAAUUCCUCUACCAAACAGUUCCAAGCAGUUUGUAGACUCAAAGCGCAGCGCCGCUGGUGCUUGUCCGGCACCCCGGUGCAGAAUUCCCUCGAAGAUCUGGGAUCACUUAUGCAAUUCCUUCGAGUUCCUUUUCUGGACAGGAAAGCCGACUUUAAGAGACAUAUCAUUUCUCCUCUUUUAACGGGAAAGUCGGAAUCAACCUUGAAUCUUCGUCUGCUUCUGGAUGCUAUUUGCUUGCGGAGAAUGAUGUCGAUACUGAACCUUCCCAAGACUCGUUACCAAACGCAGCGCGUAACACAAUCGCCAGAGGAGAGAAAUCUGUAUGAUGAGAUUCUGCAGAAAUCGCGAGAGGAGAUUGAGCUUGCCGUAUCUAGCAAGAACUCAGGGACGGCUUACAGUAGUAUCUUGAGAGCGAUUCUUCGCACAAGAAUGCUUUGUGAUCAUGGCACUUUUCUCAAAGCAGCUAGCAAGAGCAGGCUAGUCUCUCCGUCGAUCGAUAAUGGAGACAUUCUUUCUGAGUUGCAGGAAGGUGACAGGGGAUUAGACCAACUUUCACCACACUUAACCUCGAACAGAGAUGAUCCGUGGCAAAUGGAUAUUGAUACACCUCACCGCCCAAGUCAUGAUCUUUUGCUCCCGAGCUCCGAAACGCUCCAACGUGGACAUUCAACAAAACUCCUGGCACUUGUGAAAAAUCUCAGAAGUGAAGGACUGGAAGUCAAGAGCAUUGUCUUCUCCUGUUGGAAAACAACACUUGAUCUCGUAGAGCCCCUGCUUCGGUCAAACAAUCUGACAUUCAUACGCAUCGAUGGCAAUGUCUCCGGAUCUGGACGAGCUUCUCUAGUGAACAAAUUUCAAACUGAUCCCAGAAUCAAGAUCAUACUUAUGACGACAGGCACGGGCGCCGUUGGUCUCAACCUUACCAUCGCCACCCAAGUACACAUACUAGAGCCACAAUGGAACCCAUCCAUAGAAUCCCAGGCUAUUGGACGCACGCUUCGGCUAACGCAAAAAGAUGUCGUGACGGUAACACGAUAUAUUACCGAAAAUACGAUUGAAGAGCAAGUUCAAGAUAGGCAGAGCAAAAAGUUGGAGUUGGCAGAGCUCACAUUAAAUCAAGAUAUGGGGUCAGAAGAUCAGAUGUCGCAGCGGCUACAAAACCUUCGAUCCCUCUUGCGCGUGUAAAAUCGGUCCUAAGAAUUCGUUAAGGCUAAAAUAGUGACACUGGGUGUAAGAUUAGCGAACUCAGGUUGAGUGUUUAACUGAAAGCAUGUUUUACAGAUGAAUUCGGUGAUCGCUUUGCUGAGUUAGAAGGAACAAAGUCCACUUAUGACCCAGAAAUGCAAUGCUUCACCUCGUUGUGAGUUC